GGUCGCUGUCAGACCUGUGCUGGCAAUAUGGUCGAGUGCCCUGGCCAUUUCGGUCACAUUGAGCUAACGAAGCCAGUGUAUCACGUUGGCUUCAUGACAAAGGCUAUUAAAAUUCUGCGAUGCGUUUGUUUUUAUUGUUCCAAGUUGCUGGUCGACAAAGAUUCGCCAAAGGUUAAAGAAGUUUUGAUCAAGUCGAAAAAUAAUCCAAAAAACAGGUUGAUUCACAUAUAUGACUUUUGUAAAGUGCGAGGAAUCUGCGAAGGUGGCGACGAAAUGGAGACGGAUUCGUUUUCUCAGGCCGUGGAAAACAUAGAAGAUGCAGAAAGGAAAAACGGCCAUGGAGGCUGUGGGCGCUAUCAGCCGAAAUACAGACGCGUCGGACUGGACAUAUUUGCAGAAUGGAAAAAGACUAAUGAAGAAUCUCAAGACAAGAAGAUCUCCCUGUCAGCCGAACGGGUACUGGAGAUAUUCCGUGGCAUAAGCGACGAAGACUGUUUCGUUCUCGGGAUGGAUCCAAAAUGUGCCCGACCGGACUGGAUGAUCAUCCAGGUAUUACCCGUCCCUCCUUUACCUGUGCGUCCGGCUGUUUUCACGUUUGGUUCCGCGCGUAAUCAAGAUGACUUGACAUAUAAACUGGCUGAUAUCAUUAAAGCCAAUAAUCAGCUGAAGCGCGAUGAACAGAAUGGUGCUGCCGCCCACGUGUUGUCCGAAGAUGUAAAAUUGCUGCAGUUUCAUGUUGCUACCUUAAUUGACAACGAAGUUCCUGGUUUGCCACGGGCGACGCAAAAGUCUGGAAGACCACUCAAAGCGCUUAAACAAAGACUGAAAGGAAAAGAGGGCCGCAUAAGAGGAAAUCUGAUGGGAAAACGUGUGGAUUUUUCUGCACGAACCGUCAUCACCCCUGAUCCGAAUAUAGCAAUCGAUCAGUUAGGAGUUCCGAAGACGAUUGCCCAAAAUUUAACAUUUCCAGAAACCGUUACGCCAUUUAACAUCGAAAAAUUGCAAGAACUGGUGAACCGCGGUGACAACCAUUAUCCAGGCGCAAAAUACAUUAUUCGUGAUAAUGGCACGCGCAUUGACCUUCGUUACCAUCCUAAAGUGUCUGACCUGCAUCUGCAGAUCGGCUACAAGGUCGAAAGGCACAUGCGCGAUGACGACAUCGUCGUAUUCAAUCGGCAACCGACGUUGCACAAGAUGUCCAUGAUGGGACAUCGCGUUAAGGUGUUGCCAUGGUCAACGUUUCGACUGAAUUUGAGUGUGACCACCCCGUAUAAUGCCGAUUUCGACGGUGACGAGAUGAAUUUACAUUUGCCACAGUCGCUGGAAACGCGAGCCGAGAUUGGAGAGCUUUGCAUGAUUCCACGCAUGAUCUUGACACCACAAGCGAACAGGCCGGUGAUGGGUAUCGUCCAAGACACACUGACCGCCGCAAGAAAGAUGACGAAACGCGACGUGUUCAUUGAAAAGCACCAAAUGAUGGAUCUGCUUAUGCACCUGCCAAGCUGGAACGGCAGAAUGCCGCAGCCGGCCAUUCUAAAGCCACUACCGCUUUGGACUGGCAAGCAGCUGUUUUCACUCAUUAUUCCCGGGAACGUUAAUCUCAUUCGUACACAUUCCACUCACCCUGAUGAAGAAGAUAGUGGUCCUUACAAGUGGAUUUCUCCGGGAGAUACGAAGGUCCUUAUAGAGCACGGUGAACUGCUUUGCGGUAUCUUAUGCAAGCGGACCCUUGGAAACAGUGCUGGCAGCUUGGUUCACAUCGUAAUGUUGGAACUGGGACCAGAUAUCGCUGCACAGUUUUACUCGAGCGUCCAAAUGGUCAUCAAUAAUUGGCUGUUGAUCGAGGGUCAUUCAAUUGGUAUUGGCGAUACGAUCGCUGAUCAACAGACAUAUAAAGAGAUCAAGGAGACGAUUCAGAAAGCAAAGCAGGACGUCAUUGAGGUGAUCGAAAAGGCACACAACGACGAACUCGAGCCGACACCCGGCAACACACUGCGUCAGACGUUCGAAAAUAUGGUCAAUCGCAUUCUGAACGAUGCUCGUGAUAAAACCGGCGCAUCGGCACAAAAAUCAUUAUCCGAAUAUAACAACUUCAAAACCAUGGUGGUCGCUGGUUCAAAGGGUUCAAAAAUUAACAUAUCGCAAGUGAUUGCAUGUGUCGGCCAGCAGAACGUUGAAGGAAAACGAAUUCCCUUUGGUUUUCGGCAUCGCACUUUGCCGCAUUUCAUCAAGGACGAUUACGGCCCCGAAAGUCGUGGCUUUGUCGAAAACAGCUAUCUCGCCGGUCUUACUCCAUCUGAAUUCUUUUUCCAUACGAUGGGUGGUCGAGAAGGUCUGAUCGACACGGCCGUUAAAACUGCUGAAACUGGCUAUAUUCAACGAAGGCUGAUUAAGGCGAUGGAAUCCGUAAUGGUGAAUUAUGAUGGUACGGUACGCAAUUCGAUGGGUCAUUUGAUCCAGCUUCGAUACGGUGAGGACGGUCUCGACGGCGCAUUGGUGGAGUUUCAGCAGAUGCCUUCUCUGAAACCGUCCAACGCGGCUUUUGAGAAAAAAUACAGAUUGGAAGUAACCGAUGAAAGGUGA